GUUGGGGUGAAUGAUCUGACGCUGGUUAACCUUCAUCUGGCCUUGCCACCCUCGGCUGGAGAGAAUACCGGGAAGAACCAUGACAGCCACAAACUGGCAGCCUUUGCACAGACUUUGCAGGAGACUCUGAAAGGAGAAAAAGAUGUGAUCAUCCUCGGAGAUUUUAACCAAGCCCCGGACAGCAGUGACCACGACAUCCUGAGGAAGGAGAAGUUCCAUCACCUGGUCCCUUCCAGCACCUUCACCAACAUCAGCACAAAGAACCCACAAGGCUCCAAGUCGCUGGAUAACAUCUGGAUCAGUCGAAGCUUGAAAAAGGUUUUCACAGGCUACUGGGCUGUUGUACGAGAAGGUCUUACAAACCCCUGGAUCCCUGACAACUGGUCGUGGGGUGGGGUGGCUUCAGACCACUGCCCCGUGCUCGCUGAAUUUUACCGGGAAAAGGACUGGAACAGGAAGGAGGUGACGCGGAACGGGAACGGGGUGAUGGUGGAACGCAACGACUCCCACACUAAGCACGAACGAUGACGGGAUCUGGAGGGUGCCCCAGGGAGCUGUCGAAGGCUCUAUUGACUUGUGGAGCAGGACUGCCUUCUCCUCUCCCUCCUUCCUGGUGUCCUCCCCAUGCCUAGGAAGCAUCAGCACUUGAUUUUGGUGGCCCUGGCUUUGUGCCCCUCCUGGACAGUUUUGGGGUGUGUCACGGCAGUGGAGCGAUCUGCAACUUUCUUUCUGGGGACACAGUGCACAUUUCCAUGCCCUGGAGAUUUGGAUGAGAUUUGUACAGAAAAUAAAGUGUACUUUUAAUA